GGGGGCAGCAGUGCACUAACCGUGUCUACUCUGCUGCACAAAAAGCAGGAAGCAGACAGAGCCCCGUGUGCGGUUAGCUCGGAGCUAAAGCUAAAAACACUUUGUUAAAAUGUCCAAAGGCCAAACGCUGAGAGCUUUGGUGAAUGAGCGGCUGACUGCGGCUGCUGAAGAGAUCUUUACGCUGUUUGAAAGAACGAUAGCGGAGUAUGAGGAGGAACUGUGUCGCUCCAAAGAGGAGAACCAGAGGAACCAGGACACUCCACAGACUCCACGGAUUAAAGAGGAGCCAGAGGAGCAGAGCGUCAAACAGGAGGAAGACACGCUCCCAGCACAGCUCCCAGUGGGCGUCCCAGAGUGCAGUGCUGUCCGUGUGAAGACAGAAGAAUCCUCACUGCUUCAGCAUAGACAAACUGAGCACAGAGAGGAAACACAGGGAGAGGACAUCAGCACAGAGCCACAUUUACACUCAGAGACUGAGGGACACAUGGAGCACUCCUCUGACACUGACAAUGAUGAAGACUGGAGAGCUCUAUUCAGUUGUUCUUCUGCACAGAUGGAGACAGAGGCUGAUGGAGACCACUGCAACCAAGUCCAGAAAGGCCAAACGCUGAGAGCUUUGGUGAAUGAGCGGCUGACUGCAGCUGCUGAAGAGAUCUUUGCGCUGUUUGAAAGAACGACAGCAGAGUAUGAGGAGGAACUGUGUCGCUCCAAAGAGGAGAACCAGAGGAACCAGGACACUCCACAGACUCCACGGAUUAAAGAGGAGCCAGAGGAGCCAGAGGAGCCAGAGGAGCAGAGCGUCAAACAGGAGGAAGACACGCUCCCAGCACAGCUCCCAGUGGGCAUCCCAGAGUCCAGUGCUGUCUGUGUGAAGACAGAAGAGUCCUCAAUGCUUCAACAUAGACAAACUGAGCACAGAGAGGAAACACAGGGAGAGGACAUCAGCACAGAGCCACAUUUACACUCAGAGACUGAGGGACACAUGGAGCACUCCUCUGACACUGACAAUGAUGAAGACUGGAGAGCUCCAUUCAGCUGUUCAUCUGCACAGAUGGAGACAGAGGCUGAUGGAGACCACUGCAACCAAGUCCAGAUCAGAGCCAGAAGCACCGCUACACCAAACUCAGGUCUAUCCCCCAAAUGCAAGUCUGCACCAAAGACCAGUCCCACUGUGAAGUAUAGAGGCAUGUCAAGAAAAGUCAAAACAGCUCACAAGAAACACCAGUGCUCUGUGUGUAAGAAGAGGUUUAAGACUGUGUGGAAAUUACAAAGUCACAUUAGAGUUCACACCGGCGAGAGACCAUUCAGCUGUUUAAUUUGUGAGAAAACAUUUACUACAAAGGCCAGUCGAGAUGUACAUGUAAAGGCACAUGCUGGUGAACGGCCUUACAGCUGUUCAACAUGUGAGAAAACAUUUACCCACAGAAACAGUUUAGAUUACCAUGAAAAGACGCAUACAGGGGAUAAACCAUUCAGCUGUUCAGUAUGUGAGAAGACAUUUACCAUAAAGUGUAAUCUAGAGGCACAUAUGAGAAUACACACAGGAGAGAGACCAUUCAGCUGUUCAACAUGUGAGAAGACAUUUUCUCAAAAGGCUCAUGUACGCGAACAUGUAAAGAUACACACUGGUGAACGACCUUAUAGCUGUUCAACAUGUGAGAAAACAUUUACCCAAAAAUUUCGACUAGAUGCACAUAUGAGAGUACACACAGGAGAGAGACCAUUUAGCUGUUCAACAUGUGAGAAAACAUUUACUAUAAAGUGUAGUCUAGAGGCACACAUGAGAACACACACAGGAGAUAAACCAUUCAGCUGCACAACAUGUGAGAAGACAUUUUCUCACAGAGCCAAUCUACGUAAACACGAGAGAACGCACACUGGUGAGAAACCUUACAGUUGUUCCAUUUGUGAUAAAGGGUUUUCACAAAGCUCUAAUUUGAAGAAACACAUGAAAACUCACAGAACAGAAAGCGACUGAAGGCUAAUUGGUUUUGUUCAUGAGAUGUUUAAAAGAGCCUACAAUUCUAUGUUGGAGUCUGUUGCUUCAUUAGGGCCGAGCACAAAUGUACAAGGAGGGCGAGUCAGCUUUUCUCUGGCUAACAUUUGUAUCUUACUAUCCUCAGUACAUAUAUCAGCCAGAGAAAGGAAAUGGUUUGAGAGGGAAGUUAAAGAAGCAAUUGUUGUUAGGAAAGAGAAUCCUUCCUUGAUCAGGAAUGGGGGUCCUCACACAUUGUUGUGGAAUUUCUAAUAAAAACCUUAUAAGAUAUAAAAAUCAAGAGAGACCAUGUCUUGAGUCAAAAAGUCAGAUUUAUUGAAUCAAUUGUGCACAAUUGUCAAAGAGAUGUUGCCCCUAAUAGUGUCGUCUUGCUCUCAGCUGACAAAUGAACAUGCAUACAGUGUAUUUAUACCAUCAAAAAUCUAGUCCAGGGAUCGGAAACCCGUGGCUCUUUCAUCCUUAUACUGCGGCUCUGUGUGGUUUGGGAAAAUACAUUUUAAGUAUUUAAUUUAAAUAUACUUUAUUUGUGUUAGUUCUUUUCUAUUGUAGUUUAAAUUGGAAGAUUAUUGUGAUCUUGAUCUUGAUCAGACACAGCUCACGGUCCUGCAUAAAGACACAGCUCCAAUUUUCAGACCCUGUGCAGAGGGUCAGGAGCAGGAGGAUCUUCUCCGACGUAACUUUGCCCGUCCCUCAUGACACUAAUAAGCCCGUCUGUAGAUAUAUAAUGAAAAUCCUGAGAGUAAAUCACCACAGAAAUCCAGUUAAUAUAAUGGUGAGUAUAUUACAUCUGUGCUAGAUCUGCUCUUGUCUCCGCAAUGAUGUAUCACAUAUAACACAUCAGACACGUUGCCGAGCGAGUGAAAAUGAGCCAAAAACAAAAGUCUUUGGAGAAAUUGUUUGCAGAGGAGAAAAGGUCAACUAAGGAGCCAGAAGAGGAGCCUACAACCUCCAAGAAAAGGAAAACUAAAUUUAACAGACAAUACCAGGAGUCCUACUUAAAUAUGGGUUUGUUGCUACAGGGGACUCUCACGUGCCGAGUCCGCUCUGUGUAAUAUGCGGGAAAAGCAAAUGAGGCAAUGAAACCUUUAAAACGGCUUCAGCACAUGGAGGCUAAAUUCCCUGGAUUAAAAGAUAAGCCUUUAGAGUUUUUGGAAAGAAAUUGCGGAGCAGACUGGACAUAAGAAACACAAAGGGGGAGUCAUUGUCUACUAUCACUCCUCGAUGGGACCACCUCAUCGCAAAGAAAUAAGCGUAGGGUCCCACUGAUUCAGCAGUAGAGUGAGUUGUAUUUUUAUGCACUUAACGUAUUUUUGCCAUAUUUAUCUGCCACACGUAGAAGGCUGGUCUGUGGAAAUAAAACCUACAUUAUUCCGGUCCAUGAUGCAAAAAAGGUUGGGGGCCCCUGUCAUAAGCACACUCUAGUUGUUUACACAAAGCAUAAAGGUAAAACAACAAUAUACACAGUGUUAUCUUCAUUUUAGAUGUCAAAAAAUAUUUGUGGCUCCCAGUGUUUUGUUUUUUUUCCGUGGAAACCGGGCUCUUUGGGUGUUAAAAGUUGCCGACCCCUGGUCUAGUCAAAGUGGCUCAAGUCUGGUCGACACCACCUCGUAGGCAACAGACAAGAGAUACACCCGUGUAAUAACAGAUAGUAUCACAAAGGUGAGAUCAAAGAAAUCCAUCAAAAAACUAAAGUUUUAGGAUAAAGAAUGCCAUAACAACAUACAUUUUCUCCUAUUUAUAACUCCAUCCUCAGACCCAAAGCAAACAAAGGAAACAAAAAGAACAAUGGCGUGAGGCAGUAGACUCAUUUAGGCUGAAUGGUUAUGCUAAGUAGGUCUCAG